UUGCCCUCGACCGUCCCGGCAGGCAGGCGACGCGCCCCCCAGCGCCCGACCCUCUCACCCGCGCCCUGCCCUCCCUCCGCUCCAGCUCCUCAGCGAUCUCGGCAGGCGGCGACGGCGGCCAGCCGCGACCAAGUCCCUAGCUCCCGCCGCUCCGUCUGCCCCUGCCUCCGCCCCACUCCGCCCGCCUCCUCCGUCGUCGAUCGACCCUGCGUGCGCCGGCCUUGAUGGUUGCUUGACAAGGGGAUGAGAUGGCGUCCCGUACGAAGUUAUCUGGUAUCCAGAGGCAGGCCUUGGCGUUGUACAGAGGGUUCCUUCGGACAGCACGGCUCAAGUCCCCGGAGGAGCGCCGCAGGAUCGAGUCCGUUGUCUCGGCAGAGUUCCGUGAGAAUGCCAGGAGUGUCGAUCGCAGGAACUUUGUGUACAUUGAGUAUUUGAUGAGGAGAGGGAAGCGGCAGCUUGAGCAGCUCAAGAACCCUGAUAUUACUGGACUUUCUACACUUCAAAUAAAUAAGGCCUCUUCUAUUCCAGAACUUGGUGUUUCUACUGGGAGACAAUAAAAGAGGAAAUGGCUUGCUUUUAAUGGUGUCCAACAUAAAAAUGGCCUCAUAUGAAAGCUCUUUAUGAUGUAACUUCUCUGGUGCUCCUUCAUUUUCCCGUAGGAAUCCCUAGAUGAAUUUCGUAGCAUCUUAUUGCCCUCUGGAUAUUAGAAGUGUGAUUUAUGUAUGAAUUCUCUUGGUAUUACCAAGAUCAAUUGGACCAGAGUUUAUUGUGAGAGAGCAUAUACAUUGGAGUUAUAUAGUGUCUAAAUGACUAAACCAUGUGGGUUCAAUUCA